UUUUUUUUUUUUGAGGUUGUUUUGAAAAUCUAUGCUUUUCCUUGAUAAAUGUUGUUUGUUGUGUUAUUCGGGGCGUUUGUGUAGAUCAGUUUCUUGAUUUGUGUCUAUUGGUGUUUUUGUUGUUAAGGAACUGGUUCUUGGUUUUGAUUUGUUUUUGUGGUUUUUUUAGUUCUCUACUAUUGGGGAUGUUCCAUGGACUUGUUUAUUCAAUAGUUGUUUUAUGUUAGUUCUUGUGUUUUCCUUAGUUGUGUGAAAUUAGUUUGCGAUAUAGUAGUAUUAGUAAUAGGGUACAAUGGUACAAAAAGAUCCGUAUAGAUGUUAUCUACUAGUUAAGAAUAAGUUUGAGACUUGUGCUGGUGGGAGGUAGCAAGUAUCGUGAAUUAGUUGAGUUGUAUGGUACUUGUGCCGGUGGGAGGCUAGCAAGUACCCGUGGAUUUAGUUGAGGUUCGCGUAUGUAAGUUGGUCCGGACGUCAUGGUGGUUAAGAAAACAUUUCGAGCUUUCCCUUCAUUUGUUUGUUCACCAGUUUAUUCUGUUGGUUCAGUUUAUAAUACAAUAGGAGUUUGUUUGAUUUCCGCUUCGUCAAGUUGCAUAAAAAGUGUGAUUGUGAAUGUUCAGUCGAUAAAAACCGUAACUUAUUAAUUAUUAUUUACAGGAAACUAAUGACAUGAGGGACAAAUUGGAGGAUGCGAAAAUGAGGAAACAAAGAUUACUUGCUGAAGUUUGUUUCUUGCGCCGAAGACACAAGUACCUAUUGCAGAUGAAGUCAUCAAGUCAUCCGGAACAGCAAGAACGGGCAGCGUUGCCAAACUCAGAGUUUUACUGUAAAGACGGGAUGAAAGAUCGAUUUCUCAGCAAAAAGGAGGCAAAGCAAUACAAACUGCCCCCUCUUCCUGUACCGAAACAGAAAGCGAGGAUUCAAGCUGCAAACGAAGCUUCUCGGCAGAAAACCCCUCCCGAUAUUCUUGUGCAUAACACUUUCCUGCAUAGUACAGUUUCAAGUUUGAAGCAUACAUCAAGAGUACAUAGUGGCAAGGAAGUGCUACUCCGAAAAGCAGCUCCACCGUUUGAUUUGAAUCAGAAUGACAGGUCAUUUGCUGGAAACAGUUCUAUUUCGAGGAGCACCUCACCCGUCUUUGAUUUGAAUCAGGAAACUGGUCAUGGCGGGAAAGAUGUUGUAUUGCCUAGUCGAGCUCCAGUCAUCGAUUUGAAUGAAAUCUCAGUAGGGGAAGAGGAGCCGCCACAAGCAAAUUUUGAACCAUUGAACUUUGAGGAGCCAAAGAGAGGAUUAAUUCAAAACACGAACGAUGAUCAGCACAAAGACUUAAAGUUAUCGCUAUGCAGAAAUGUGGGAGAAGGAACUUCACGUGUUGAGAAGCGCAAGAUAUCGUGGCAAGACCCUGUCGCUUUGAGGGUUUGAUCGAUCCAUCCUUCGAUUUUCAAUAAAAUAUCACUCGAAAACUUUUGAUCUAGGGCGAGCGAGCGUUACUGAAGUUGUAGCUUAUCGAAAGAGGUCUCUACUGACCCUCGAGGAUUUCUCGAUUAUAAAAGGAAAUUUACCAAUAGAGGUAUUUUUUUUCCUUUCAAUAUGUAGGUGUGUUUUUUGCCUUUUUGUAUAAAGAAAACUCAGGUAUAUGUUAGUGAUAAUGAUACAAAUGCUAUAUUGAUUGGCAAUGAGGAAAAUAUAGUUGGGAUAAUUGGUUCUCUACAUAAAGUAGAAUAUGUUCUUUGGUA